UACCUUUUUCCUUCCGUCGAGACAUAGCACUGUCAAACCAAACAAACCCAAUCUACCAUGUUCCGAACACGCGUAAGUAAAGUACAUGAGUAGGCCAUGAAUGCUCUGACUGUUCUUGCAACGUAUUGUUAUAUGGAGAGGAGGACUGCAUAUCUUUAUUCAGAAUUUUUCAUUUGGUAUUCCCGCAAUUCGUUGUUUCGUUUCUUUUACUUCCGUCUCUAACAAUUCAGCUACGGCGACGUUUGUCUUUCGUUGCCUUGGUUCAUCACGGCACCAUAUUCUCUGGUGUUCGCGUUUGUUGGAAUCUUGUGAUACUACAAACUCGAAUCGAAUGACUUCAAACCAAACCAAACAAUCCGCUCGAAAAUCUGGAUCACUUCGACCGACCCACGAAUACGGCGAAAAAUAUCGUUCUGAAACUCAAUUCAAUGCAAUGAUAUCAAAUGGAAUGAURUUUCCCAUAUAUAGGCCGUUUUUCGCCAGCUCAAGCCCCUCGCCGACCGCGUCUUAGUCAAGCGCGCCCCCAAGGAAACUCAGCUCGCUAGCGGUCUCUACCUCCCUACGGAUUCCACGAAGGACCCUAACGAAGGGGAGGUCGUCGCCGUCGGACCCGGACAGGUUGACGUGACCGGAAAUUUGCAUGCUACCACGCUGGCACCUGGCGACAAGGUCUUGUUGCCCGAAUACGGCGGAACCAAGAUCACCCUGGGUGAAGACGAGGUAUUUAUGUUUCGCGAGUCGGACAUUUUGGGAAAAUUCGAUUAGAAAACAAAACAGUAAUAUUAUAAAGUAGAACUAAACGGAAACACAAUGGAAAGAAAGAACGACAGGAAAACGAUUGAUCUAAAUCGCAUCAACCACUAACGAGGUACGCCAAGCCAAACAAACAAAURGCGCAGGGCUAACUCGCAACCAUUUGAAUGAUUUAGACCGCGACAUUUCAUGGACGGGCAAAGUCGAUUUGCGCCAUUUGUGUUUUUAUCAACGGUACUUGCUUGCUUGAUUGAAUAAGACCGAUUGGCGCAGGUUGAGAUGUAUUGAGAACCAUGCUACAGAGCRGCUGGUAAUCACUUUGCAAUUGUAGGCCUGACCGGAGACAUCCACUCUAGUAUCUUCUGCAGAUAUAAAUUUCGCUUCAAUCGUGAAGCAAUCUUUGUUGUACUGUAUUGUAUCRAAAUAUUGUGUAUUGUUAUUACUUGUUAUAUUAGUUUACAUUAUUCGUUUAUUCUUUCGGCAAGACUGUUUUUCUCCGUAUGAUAUUGUGAUGCCAUACUGUACACCUCCUAUCUGCCCCACGCCACUAGACUCAACUGCAUUCACCGCACAUUAACCUCCAUCAUCUCCAUCACGAAUUGAGGACAUCGCAAGAAGCGACAUCAGCACAGAAAGCCCAAAAUAAAAGAUAGCGAGAAGCCAAGAAACAUCACCACAAGAAACCAACCAUUCUUCUUGAUGCACACAUAUAAACAUACGCAAAGUGCUUAUUGAAAAUGCUUUUGUUUUUGCUUUAGCUUCUUUCUUCUUCGUCUUUGUCGUAUUAUGUAAUGGUUCCUAUGGAAAAGUGACGUCGAAUUAAGCGUAAAAGCAAUCCACUUGGUACGCAUCGAUCGAAAAUCUCUACGUGCCCAUGCAUUAUUUCAUUCAACCAGUCGUGGGCCUAGUUGGAUGUGUUGUUGACUUGCUCUUCGUCGUUGUCACCCAUUGUUUCCAUUGGCGAAAUCACUACGUCGUUUUUGAAAUGCACGAGGAGCGCACUCAUAAAGGCUAGGACGCCAAAGAGAACAAACCCAAGCGACGCAAAGACCUGGUUGGCCCUAGCGGAUCCCUGCGUGUAUUUGUGAAAGGAAGCGUACAGCAAAAUAUUUUGGUUCGCCAGGACCACAAGGACCCCCAGGAAGAAACCUACGCUAAAGGAUGUGGGAAAUCGUUUCAGGACAAAAGUUCCGAGGACUCCCAGGGCAAGGUGUAUCAAUCCCGUCCAAACGACAGCGAUAACCAACGCGAUCGAAGCAUCUCCGGAUUGGUGCAGACUGACCACUGCGUUUUGUUGUGUUCAUUAUUUUUGGUUGUUGUUUGUUUGUUUGUGUGAUUGUCGAAUGUAUGUUUCAUUUUGGAACAGUGAAAUUUUGCACAUUCCAACAGGGAAACGGCAGGAUCGAAUUGCAUCAUUUUGGAAAAAGCCCAAUAUUGGGAAAAAAAUACGUAAGCCAUCUUGGAACAAAUCCAACCACCGAAAAGACCCUUUCCUACUCAGCUAGCGUCGUUAGAAAUAACCRACUUACUUUCGAAAAUAGACAGUGAAAAAUAGACGACCACAAACAACAAACUAAUACCCCAGGC